UUAGCUUCUUUCAUCAUUACUGGCAUUAUUCAUCAGUCAACUCAUAAAAAAUCUCACUAAAUUCAUAAAAUGCCGCCUGGAACCAAUGCUAAACAUAAGACAUCUCUUCCAAAAACUGGGAAACGAUUAGUCAAGCGAGAUGUUGAAGUAGCUGAUGAUCUCGAUGAAUGGAAAAAAUCCAAGCAGCUGCUGAAACCUAAAGACCAGCUAGAGUUGACCGAGGGAGAGCUGAAAGAGAUAAUAACAAAAGUACUGACUACAACAAACCCUCAGUUACCUGACAGCCUUGUUGAAUUUGACUAUGCUGAAGGGGCUUUCAAACCUCUACCAUCACAGGGCAAUGUCGUGGUAUUAUUUGCAGCACAAGGAACACUCCUUCAUAAAGAUACGGAAGAAGCUCAUCAGCAAAUGAUAGAGCAAGGAAUAGACCCACUUUCUCUCAAGGACUCAACAGAUAAUCUACUCGAUAAUGAUGCUGAUGAAGAAUUAUCGAUACCACCCGAAACAUUAUCAGAAGGUUCGAAAGAAGAAGGAGAAGAACCGAAAGAAGAGGAAGGUAAAGAAGAAGAUGAAGAAACCGAACACAAAGAAGAAGAAAAGGCCGAGGAGGAUGAAGAAGGAGAAGUAGAGGCAGACGUGGGAGCUAAAACGGCGACCUCCAAAGCACCUGCAAAAACAACAGGCAGACCUAGGAAGCUGACGAAUCAAUUCAAUUUCUGUGAGAGAGCAGCGUUGACUUACAAUAAUCCAACAAGGGGCCAAGAGACUCAAACCAUUCCGCCUCCUAUGGCCACCUUUUCUUCGAAUGUCCUCCAAUGGAUAAUCUACGAUGGAUACCAACAAGAUUACGAAGCGCAACAAUUGGAGAAAGAACUUGAACGAGAACGAAGAGAAAAGGAUAAAAUGGCAGUAGGAAGACCAGUUGUUAAAAAGGUAACAGGAAAAUCACAGCUCAGUGAAGCAGUACAGGGAAGGGUAUAUGAAUGUUGGAAAGUCUUGGAGAGGAUGGUCAACCAAAACACCUAUGAUGAUAUCGCAAAAGAUUACAGAUAUUGGGAUGAUCCUUCAGACGAAUUUCGUGAAGAGGUAGGAACACUACUACCCCUAUGGAAAUUCACCUAUGACAAGACCAAGAAAAAUACUGUGACAGAUAUUGCGUGGAAUCCUAAUUACUACGAUCUGUUUGCUGUGUGUUUUGGUUUCUUGGACUAUAUGAAGCCGAUCCAACAAGGUGCUGUUUGCCUCUUCACAUUGAAGAACCCUUCGUUCCCCGACUACAUCUGCAUGACGGAGUCUGCAGUUAUGUGCGCUGAUACCCAUCCUGUAUAUCCCAACAUGGUCGUCAUAGGGUUAUAUGAUGGCAGCGUGGAAGUUUUCAAUGUUCAAGCAAGUUGCAAAGAGGCAUCGUACAGAAGCGACAAUGUGACUAACAAACAUAGAGGUAUAGUCUGGGAGGUAAAAUGGGCUCCUGAUCUGCCAGAUGGAGAACUGAACUUCUUCUCUGUUGCCGCAGAUGGGAGAAUCAACAAUUGGGUGUUGAUGCAAAAUAAUUUGGCUGUCACCACUAUUAUAACGUUGUUCAUGGCGAAAGAUGCAGUCUCUGGACCUGAUGGAACACUAUUGAAAGUAAAAGGUUGUGCUUCAUGCGUGAAAUUCCACCCCAAGAAGCCUUUGGUCUACCUUGUUGGUACCGAAGAAGGAUUGAUAUACAAAUGUAGCACUGCCUACAGCUCUAUGUAUUUGAUGACAUAUGCAGCUCAUCAAAUGCCAGUAUAUCGUAUUGACUUCAAUAAAUACAACACAGAUAUUUUCGUAUCUUGCAGUGCAGAUUGGAGGAUAAAGAUAUGGGAAGACAAUCGAUUGGAACCUCUUUUCGUCUUUGAUGUCGGAGACAGAGUAGGAGAUGUGAAAUGGGCACCAUAUUCCUCCACAGUGUUCGCAGCAGUAACAACAGAAGGAAAAGUAUUUGUCUUCGAUUUGAACAUAAACAAAUACAAGCCAAUAUGUGUACAAGCAGUAGUUUCGAAAAGGAAGAAUAAACUCACGAGGAUAUCUUUCAACUCCAAAUUACCGAUUAUCAUCGUUGGAGAUGAUAAAGGUUGCAUUACAACUUUAAAGUUGUCUCCUAAUCUGAGGAUACCAUGCAAAGCGCCAAAGAAGCAGCAGCACUUGGAUCAAUGGACCUUGCAAUGUAUGAAAUUGGAUAAAUUAUUAUCACUGGUCAGGGAACCUGUUAUCCUGUCGCUUCCAGAAGAUACAGCUGGAACAGAGGAAUCAUAAAUAAAAAUAUUAUAUUGGUUCAACACUUUUAUUAACAUGAUAAAAAUAUGUACAAGAAAUUGAAUUUAAACUGAAUAAUGAUCAACAUUUACUAUCCUUUUUGGCACAAGUGUAUAUCACGAUUAUAUUCAAAUUUAACAAAGACAAAUUAUUUGCUGUGAAAUGUAUAUUGAUAUCAACAUGAAUUUAAGUAAGUUCUUAGCUGAACUGAUGACAAAUGGUCCACCUAAUUGUUCCACCCUCUUUCAAAACCAAAUAUUUCCGAUAGAAUAUUUAAUAGAACUAUACAAUAUUUAAGUUGAAGAUGCGAUGCAAACAUUCUUAGUUAAUUUUAUAGAACUAUUAAUCACAAUUAUUCAAACCCCAGUUCACACCGAAUUAAAUUUACGACCAUGCCUCUACCACUUAAAUCGUAUGGAAUAUGGUAUAAAAUUAUCAUUAUGUUACAAAUCAUGAUAAGUAUCCAAAUUAUCUCAACUGAAUUCUGUACGAAAACGCAUAUUAUGGAAUGAAUGUAGCAGUAUAAGAAAAAAAUUUUUCCCCAAGAGCUAUAAGUGUGCCCUAUUCCAAUGGUGGAUCAUCAUAAAUACAUGUAAGAAUUAUUUGAUAUACUCGUAUUACAUAGGUCAUUUAUGUCAUGACUGAACAAAAACAAUAUAGGUAAGUAGCAUGUAGCAUGCUUCUAUCUAGGAAUAGUUAUUUAUUAUACAAUUGAAAAAAAGUAUUAGAUUUUGGCUUGAGGUUGUGUUAUCUCCCGACGCGUAGCGGAGGAGGACAAAAAAACACCAUCUCUGGUGAUGACCAGAUUACAGCAAGAAUCAGAGUUGGACCGAGGUCACAUCAGAUCAAAAUAUUGUAACUCAAUCUAUUGAAAAUUAUAACACUACUAUGAUCUACCACAGUUCAUGAUCAGAGGAAUGUAUAUUUGAAGAUACUGUCAAACACCCCUUCUAGAUUAUGUACUGAACUGAAACCUCAACUGCAAUGUGUUUGGAUAUAGGGUGUCCCAGAAAUAAAUUAAAGAAGAAAAAAGACACAACAUUAUGGAGUUCUGUCAACCAAUUGUGCAUCAACCAUAUAUUCAUUGGAAGCAACUGAUAUGAGUACACCUAACUUCAAUAUUAUUUGCCUUUCUAGACAAGGUGAAGGUAAUAUCAUAAUAUGUGCAAAGAAUUAUCAAAUAUAUUAUCUACUUAUAUUCCAAAUAUAUAUUUAUACAUAUAUUGACUUAGAUUAAAUAGGAAAGACCAAGAGGGAAUAAUGGGGGACAGACUGUAUAUAUUGACUUAGAUUAAAUAGGAAAGACCAAGAGGGAAUAAUGGGAAUGACACAAAUUUGAAUUCGGUUAAAUGGAAACAAAUUUGAAUUUUCGUUUUCAUAUUUUCAUUAUAGAUAACAUUAUUGAAGGUCAUGCAACAUAUUUCCCAUAUACCUAUCAUAAAAUAAUGAAAGAAUAAUUGAAAACCAGAUUCUAGAAUGGCAACAUAAUCAUACAAUUCCAAUCACACAGCAGUGAGUAUCAGGGAUCAAUAAAAAUACUGUAUUAUUAGAAAGACAUCAAUUAAUGUUCCAAGAUGAAAUAUUAAGAAUUUGAAAAUGAAAAAUUAUGGAAAUUUCAUCUUAUUGGGAUCAGGAUAUUCAGGAUUUUCAAUUGCUCCUUUUCCAAACUUGAGCUCUAAGAAAUCUCUUAUAUUAUUUGGGCUUGGUACACUUCUACCUAUAAAGUCAAUACUGGACAUGGGAUGUAGAAAGUUUUCAGGAAAUUCCAUGUUCUUAUGAUCAGUGAACCAAGAAUCUCUAGACAUGGUUCCAUUCCUUGAGUAGAAUGGAAACAACUUCACAUGGAUUUUAUUGCUCCUACUGAAAUGGACCCGAUAGAAAUUACCUUCAGUUGCUUUUUCCCAAUGGAAUCCAUUGGUGUCAUCCACUGGUCUAUCUUUGGCUUUCUUCAACCAAAUACACCUUUGCAGAUCUUCUCUGAUGAAACCUACAUCUAUGUCAUGGUCCCAAGGCAAUACAUCCCCACUUCUCAUUGCCCCAAGUAAACUGCCUGCUUCUAGCCAAUAACGUAUUCCAGAUUCAUCCAUUAUAUUAAAUACAUGCCUUGCAGUUUUUUUCAAAUUUGACAAACAGCAGGGAGGUGUCCAUUUUUUCUCAUAAAGGUAAGAAGGCAUGGAAUCCAAAACUGGACCAAAACAACUAGUUGUUUCUUUAGUACAACCAUACCAUUCAGUUGUACCUGUUUCAUGGAUCACCUGCUUUAUUUUGAAGAGAUUGUAAAGUUCUUUUUGUCUCAUGAGGUCAGUUUGUUUUUGUUUCCACUGAGCAUGGUGAGACCUUAAGACUGGUUUUCCAUCAUGAAAUGUUAGUCCCUUUAUAAUUUUGAUCUGAAAAUAGAGA